CGCUCAAAGCCGGCGCACGCGCACUGAUAAACCGCUAUAAAAACUCAUCCCACGUUACACAAACACCACUCUUGCACCGGCAGAAAUGGAGAACAUAACGAUGAGACACAGCGACCACGAUGAAAGCCAGGGUGUUAUCGUGGCCAAGGGAGUGUCCAUGGCAGUUCUAUUCUGUGCAUCCAUGGUCUGUGGUAUCGUUCCUAUGUUGCUCGCGAAACGGUUCCGAUGGAUAACUCCAAAUGACGCCGAAAACCUAAAGUCCUCAAAUAGAAUUGUGGCUUCACUUCUCUCGUUUGGAGGAGGAGUUCUUCUGUGUACCACCUUCAUGCACCUUUUACCAGAAGUGGACCACAACAUCGACCAUCUAGUUGCUGAUGGCCACAUGCAAGAGUUCGAUUUUCCUCUAGCUUCUCUACUUAUGUGCAGUGGGUUUUUCAUCAUGUAUCUUGUAGAAGAGUUGGUGCACAUGUACAUACAUCACAGAGAGAUGAGCAACGGUUCGGUGGCACCUUUGGUUCGAAACCUCAGUGUUAGGAGUCGCAGCAGGACAGAAGAAAAUGGCGUGCAUAGUGUCACCAAUUCUACAUCAGAUCUCAUUGACCCCACAUCUAUUACUAAGGGAAAGGACAUCGAAGUCAACAACGCGGUCCACAAUCAUGGGCAUAGCCACGCUAAUGGCCAUAGUCAUAUGCCCAUCAAGAAUGCGGAUAGCGUAACGGCUGCCCUCCGUGGACUCCUGAUUGUAUUGGCUCUAUCUAUUCAUGAACUGUUUGAAGGCCUUGCCGUUGGCUUGGAAUCCAGCACAUCAAAUGUUUGGUAUAUGCUUGGAGCGAUUUCUGCACACAAACUUGUCAUUGCAUUUUGCAUUGGUGUAGAGCUAAUUGCAACUCGUACCAAGACUUAUUUAGCCAUAAUUUACAUUACCACAUUUGCCAUUGUAUCUCCAUUUGGUAUUGGAAUUGGUAUACUACUUGUUGGGGGAGAGGGAGCCACUGCAGCAGGUUCCUAUUCCGUCAUACUUCAAGGGCUGGCUUCUGGAACCUUGCUAUAUGUUAUUUUCUUCGAAAUCUGGAAGAGCGACAGAUCUGGAAUUUUGCAAUACAUUGCUGCAUUGUUCGGCUUCGGUUUGAUGUUCGGAUUGCAGUUACUAACGCCUCACUCUCAUUCUCAUGGUGGACACGACCACUCUCAUGAUAAUGGAACAGACCACGGACAUUCACAUGAUUAAAUUUAUAUUUCCUAUAAUUUCGACUAAACCCUACAUUAUAUUGUAGUAAUUGGUCUAUCUAAAUACCAUAUAUCUAAAGAAAAACCGGUGAAUGCUCAGAUAAUAAUUAAGAAUAAGAUAGGCCAUAAGACUACAAUAUAAUAUAGUAUAGGACCUAAUGGCUACACUAUAAGGCAACUGUUAAGAAUAAUUAAUUAAGUAAAAUACACUAUUACAUUGGUUAUAGAACCAAAUGUGAACAAAAAAAUAAAUUUAUCAUAUUCUACUAAAAAGUUAUCAACUCUUACAGUGAGAUUCUAUUGUUGCCAUAUUAAUAUUUUGUUUCGAAUUUAUUUCGAAAACUGUUAUUAACUUACAUAACCCAUACUUAUUAUGGGUACCAAUAUUGUAUGGAAAUAUGGUUAUAAUAUGAUGGAAUCGUUGCAUAAUACUUAAUUAAGAUUUAAUAUUAUUUUUAUGGAUUUUAAUUACGUAUAGUCCGAUUUAAUUACGUUUUAUUAUAAUGAAACGUCAAAUAAUGCAAUCAAAUAAUCAUAGUAGAUAGUAUAUCGUUAAAGCAACGACAGGAGAUUUUGUAAAAGACUGUCUAGUCAGUAAAAUAGUUAAGAAUGAAAAAACCUCUUUUGUAAUAAUAUUACAAUAAUAACUUUACAAUAAUUCUGGAAAUAAUGUAUCAAUUGUGCAAAUAUUGUCUUUCAGAAAGUAACACAGGCUACAUAAUGUCAUUAUUUAUACAAUGUUUAACAUUUAUAAUUUUAUAUCAUUCACGACCAAUUAGUCCAUAAACCAAUUAGUCCAAUAAUGGUUUAGUGCUUACCCUUUCAGAUUACUAGUUCGAAAUUCUAGGCUUUAGGACUCGCCUUAGAAACCCAUGCCAAUAAUAAUCCUAACCGAACAAAUUAUUUUUAUAUAUUAUGAUAAUUUGACAAGUGAGCUUUGUUUGUGCUCAAACUUUUCUAUGAUAAUUAGUUGAGAGUCAAAGACAAACGAACAGGCGAACUAUCAAUAUUAAAAUGUAAAAGGUAUUAUUACUUUGAAAUAACUAAGUACAAAGAGAAUUUUUAUAUGAAUUGCGAUAGAAAAAGUUAUUUAUCGCAUCUGUCAACAUAUAAAUUUUUAAAACGUAAAUCGGUAUAAUAUAUAAGCCUUGACAGUUUUUAAUCUGUAUGUGUUCUUCAUAAUAUGUUAUCUCUGAGUUUAAGGUUUAUAGAAAAUAUAAUUAUGUCACAAACUUAUAGAAACAUUGUCUGUGAUAAUUAGUACUAAGACAAAAUCUUUGCAGAAAAUUUUAAUUGUAAUAAUGUAUAAAACAUAUUAUUCAAAUAUUAUUGCUAUAUAGACGAGAAGACUAAAUAAUGUCGUUUCUUAAAUGUCAAAAGUAACAUUUGUAUGCUUAAAUACUUAGAAUAAAUAGUUUUAC